CGCCACCAACCAACCACCUUUGCUAACUACGUUUGCGCCUAAUUGACUCAAUGUAAACUUAUGACCAUUAUUUUGCCUGCGAUUCUCGGCUAAUUAAAUGACUAAUAAUUCAACCUUCUAAUGGAAUCCGAAACAUCAAGUAUCCGGGAACGUUCAGCUGAUAGACGACUGGAAAAACAACCCCAAAAACCAAAUCUUUCUGAUAACUUUGCUGUCAGAACUGUCGUUGAUUUUGAUGAUGUAACGGUUUUGACCGUAAGGAUAACACCAGACAACAAGCUCUGGAUUGUGGGACUGCUAAACGGAACAAUAAAAUUAAUUCCAGUGACUGGUGAAAAUGCGGAAGGAAUUAAAACGCUCAAAGUCAAAGAAGAAAGCACGGCUUGUGUGGAUUUACAGUGUAUUCCCGUGCAAGCAAAGUUAUCUAGCGAGAAAAAUCAUCGACUGGUCGCGGUAUAUGCUUCUGGUUACGUCCGCUUAUGGCAUUACACUGGUGCCACUGUAGACAGCUGUCUCAUGGCCACGUUCACGGAACAAUACAUUCACAGACCGGAUACUCAGGCGCGCCAGAAUCAAAAGGCAACCAACAAUCAAAUACUCGCAUGCUCAUGUUCCCCCGAUUCUGAAAGAUUUAUCACAGGUGGAGACGACUGUAACAUUCGUGUGUAUGAUCUCAACCAAAUGCGCUGUGUACGUACGUGUUCUUCCAGCUUCAACGCGGACAAAGUGGAUGGCCACGUGAUGCGUAUUUGUGCUCUCAAAUAUCAUCCCCGAGGGAGAGAAAAUACAGACUACGCUCAUCUGUUUAUCUCUGGCGGUUGGGAUGACACUAUCCAUGUUUGGGACGAUCGUUUACCAUGUUCCUUGUGGACCUACGCAGGACCACAUAUCGCUGGCUCCGAUGCGCUCGAUAUAGAACCAUUAUCGAACGAGAUACUUACAAGUUCCUGGAGGCGCGACACAACAAUGUUGCAAAUUUGGAAGUUUAAUGAAAAAGUUGUCAGGCUUGCACGAUCAAGGGUAACCGAUUCUGAGAAUCAAUACAGUGUCGCUGAAAAAGAAAGGCAAGAGAUUGAUGCAAUCCUUCGGGAGAAGCCACUCAUGGAGUUUCCACAAGAAGCCAUGGAAUUGCGCAGCAAGGGUUACGUUGCCAAAUGGAUCGGUCAGAACCACUUUGCUUUCGGUGGGUCCGAUGGCAAUAUUGUCAGAAUACUCAGCCGAAUAAAACACAAAUUCUCGCACUGUUCUGUCUGUUUGCAAACAAUCAUGGGCGCUCAAUGCUCUGAUCUGAUCAACGUUGGAAAGACUGCCAGCCGGAAAGCCUUUACAUGGGAACAGUUAUCCUUCCUCCAUGAAUGCAUACGACAUGACCUUCUCCUCAGAAAUGUCAACUACAAGCCUCCGAUAAAUCAUCCGCAAGCGUCGGCAGUUGCAAGGCAGUGGCUACUAUAAAUGAUCUUCCAGGAGGAGUCUUCUCGUUAGACUACGCUUCAAACAGCGAAGAGGAACUGCGGAAAAACAUUCAGAUUGCGUUUGCUUCCGGGUCCAAGUUAUUCAUAACCAGCUUGGAUCCUAAAUAAGUCAUGCAUCAGUAAACUAGAAAAUGAAUGCACUGUUCUUGAGAUAUUAAUUUAGAUUUGUUCUGUUAUCUUCCGCAUUUCAUUUGAAUAAAAUCAGCGGAUCG